GAAAACGUGUGCUCUGCUUGUCGCCUCCCAUUCACUUCAUGAUCCCGCCCUCUAUUUCCUGCUUCCUGGUCACAUGUUUCCUGUGACAUCACGAGGUGAAUGUGGAGGAUGGGAACUAGCCGCUAUCCUGUGUUUACAUGAGAGGAUCAGAGGAGACGGCGGGGAGAAAGAGGUGACUGGUGGAUGAGGGGUCUUUUAAUAUUUGAAAAUGCCUCUUGGACUGAAGCCAACAUGCAGUAUGUGCAAAACCACCUCGUCUUCUAUGUGGAAGAAAGGAAGCCAGGGGGAAAUUCUCUGCAAUAGCUGCACUGGGAAAGGCAGUGGAGGGGGCAGCACUGGUGCCAGCAGUUCCAGUACUGCUCACAGCGGGACCAGCUUUGCCAGUGCCUCCACCUCCCAACAGAAUAAUGGGGGCAGCACUAAGCAGUCUAAGCAGGAAAUUCACAGAAGAUCUGCCCGUUUAAGGAAUACAAAGUAUAAGUCGGCUCCUGCUGUAGAAAAGAAGGUUUCCACCAAAGGCAAAGGAAGGCGGCAUAUUUUUAAGCUGAAAAAUCCUAUUAAGGCUCCAGAAGCCGUGUCCACCAUAGUUACUUCAGAAUCCUUAUUUCAUAAGGGACUGUACUAUCAGAUCGGUGAUGUGGUAUCGGUCAUUGACGAGGAUGAUGGAAUGAUGUACUAUGCUCAGAUCAGAGGCUUCAUUCAGGAUCAGUACUGUGAGAAGAGUGCGGCUCUGACCUGGCUCAUCCCUACCGCCGCCAGUCCCAAAGAUCACUUUGAUCCAGCUACCUACAUCAUAGGACCAGAUGAAGACCUUCCCCGCAAAAUGGAUUGUUUGGACUUUGUCUGCCACGCCCCCUCUGAGUACUUCAAAUCUCGCUCUUCGCCGUUCCCGACUCUCCCCUCCCGCCCCGAGAGAGGCUUUAUUUGGACUCACAUUGGCCCUACACCCGCAAUCACGAUUAAGGACGCAGUCGGCAAUAAUUUAUAAUCUCAUAGAUCUCUGGACACUGUAGAGGAACUUUUGAAUGAUUAUGAGGAACUUUUAGAAAUAACUCUUAUGCCAACAGGAACCGAAAGGGGCGCUCUCUGGAGACACAACUGCCACAUUCAUCUUUUAAAAAAAAAAAAAAAAAGUCUGUUACCGAUAGCAACCAGUUGGAUUCCAGCUAUCAAUUAUGAAAGCAUAACAAUGCCAUCUUUU